CUGCGCAGGCGGAUGAUUGGCGGAGUUGAGAACGCUUUCAGAUCUCCGCAGUGGGUGAUCAACGGCGGAUUCCCUUCUUUGGCGCGAAAGAUGCAACCCCCGAUAUCAAAUACUAUUCUGACUCGUGAUCCAGCAUCUCCGAAAAGCAAAGCAAAUAAAAAUCAAUGACAAGGAUUGGUGGGUGGAAAAAAAUUGCGCCGAAAAUCUUCCCACGAAGCUUCCUCGAAGCUCACUUCCCUUCCCCACCACCAGCCCAUCGCUCUCCCUUUUUAAUCCCCCCGUCCCAACCACGAAGUUUCCCCUGAACUACUCUCUCUAUCUCUCUCUACCUCCCUCCCCAAAUCGAAGAAGCCAUGAAGAUCUCCAUGGGAGCCUUCUUCGGCUCCUCCAAGAAGUCUUCGAAGAAGAAGGAGAGCCGUUCGAUCUCUGGCAGCGAUGCCUCCUUCGCCUCCACCGCCACUUCCUCCUCCCCCGACGGCUUCAUCUCCUCCGGCCUCCACUCCACCCCUCGCUCCGUCCUCCCUGCCUCCCCCGGUCUCCGCCCGGCUGAGAAACCACCCUCCGCCGCCGGAUCCAACGACCUCUGGCUCUUCUUACCCGCCUCCUCCUCCUCCUCUGUCUCCGAGCUCUUCGCCGUUUUCGACUGCGACGGCGACGGCAAGAUCACGCGGCAGGAGCUCGAGGCCGUCCUCCGCAGGCUCGGCGGCGCGGAUCCGCCCACGGAGGAGGAGGUUGCGUCGAUGGUGGCGGAGGUGGACCGCGACGGCGACGGGUGCAUCAGCUUGGAGGAGUUCGGGGCGAUCGGGUCAGCCUUCGGGCCGCCGGCGGGGGCCGAGCUCCGGGAGGUCUUCGCCGUCUUUGACGACGACGGCGACGGGAAGAUCUCGGCGGAGGAGCUGCAGCGAGUUUUCGUGAUGCUGGGGGACGACGGUUGUACGCUGGAGGAUUGCCGACGUAUGAUCGGUGGGGUCGAUACCGACGGCGAUGGAUUCGUCUGCUUCGAAGACUUCGUCCGCAUGAUGGACGGCAAGAGAUGAAUGAAUAGAUCGUGUCACGACCGGAUGAAAUCAAACAUAAAGGAAUCGUGUCAUGACCAGAUGAAGUCAAGCAAAGAAUGGACGGUGCUGAUGGAUGAUCUUUUUGGUUUUUGGUUCUUCAAGAGGAAAAGAAACAAGUACUAAAUUUGUAAUUACCUUAUCAACCAUCAAUCCAUCAUGUCAUCUUUUAUGGGUAUUAAUACAAAUAUCUUUUGUUCUAGAA